UCCAUUCCAAAACCAGGACCUACUAAAACACAGCCCCACAAGAAACAACAAUUAGGCAGUAAGGUUCCUCAUACGGUCAACAAAAAGAAAACUAAGCUCCAUGUUCAAAGCAAUCGCCGCCACGUUCCUAGCCAUAGCCACCUCUUUCUCUAUUCUCCUCUUUUCUCCCCCACCAAAAUCUUACUACCACUCGCUUUUCAUAUCCGACUCCCUGUCUGACAAUGUCUCAAUAUCGCACCACCUCUACACCCUCACCCGCCGGCCACAUGUUGCUGGCUCCCAAGCCAACGCUGAGGCUGCAGCCUAUGUUCUUUCCACACUCUCCUCCUGCAACAUGCAGGCACACAUCGUCUCCUAUGAAGUUCUCCUAACCUACCCAGCUUCACGUUCACUGACUCUGACACGUCCCCCUCCAGAGCCACCUAUAACUUUUGAUCUGAAACAGGAAAUAUACGAUGGUGAUCCCUAUGCAGAUGUGGCUAAUGAAGUGCUGCCUACUUCCCACGCAUACGCCAAGUCAGGUUCUGUCACUGGAGCGGUGGUUUAUGUAAACUAUGGGCGGUUAGAGGACUACGACACGUUGAAAGAAAUGGGAGUAAACGUUACGGGUACUAUUGUUUUGGCGAGAUAUGGGCAGAUUUACAGAGGAGACAUUGUAAUGAAUGCGUUUGAUGCUGGUGCUAUAGGGGCACUGGUUUAUACGGACAGGAAAGACUAUGGAGGUGGGGGAGGUGAUGCAAAGUGGUUUCCCGACGACAAAUGGAUGCCGCCAACUGGAGUUCAGGUGGGAACAGUCUAUAACGGCUCUGGUGACCCUACUACGCCAGGAUGGGCUAGCACUCAAGGAUGCGAGAGGUUGUCAGUUGAGGAGGUGGAGAGGAGCGGUGAUGUUCCUCUAAUACCUUCAUUGCCAAUAUCAGGAGCAGAUGGUGAAACAAUCUUGAGGUCUAUUGGUGGACAAAUUGCAAAAGAUGAUUGGCAAGGAAGCAACGGUGCCCCAACUUACAAACUUGGACCAGGGCCAGGAGUUGUGAAUCUCAAUUACAAUGGGAAACAAGUCAUUGCAACAAUUCAAAAUGUCAUUGGUGUUAUUGAAGGAGUGGAGGAACCUGAUCGGUUUGUCAUUCUGGGCAAUCAUCGUGACGCAUGGACUUUUGGAGCUGUUGAUCCCAACAGUGGAACCGCAGCACUGCUAGAGGUUGCCCAAAGACUCUGGAAGUUACAAAGAAUUGGUUGGAAACCACGACGAACAAUUAUUUUGUGCAAUUGGGAUGCUGAGGAGUAUGGCUUGACAGGAUCAACAGAAUGGGUAGAAGAAAACAGAGAAUUGCUGGCUUCAAGGGCAGUUGCAUACUUAAAUGUUGAUUGUGCGGUAUCGGGAGCAGGAUUUCAUGCUGCUGCAACUCCACAGCUUGAUGAGCUACUCAAACAAGCUGCACAACAGAUUCAAGAUCCAGAUAACUCAUCACAGACGAUCUACGAACAAUGGGUUGGGUCCACCCAUUCUCCUGUGAUUGGGAGAUUAGGAGGAGCAGGUUCUGAUUACGCGGCUUUUGUGCAACAUAUUGGUGUUCCAGCAGCUGACAUGCUUUUUGGAGGAGGAUACCCAGUAUAUCAUUCAAUGUAUGAUGACUUUGUCUGGAUGGAAAAUUUUGGUGACCCAAUGUUUCAUAGACAUGUUGCAGUGGCAAGUGUUUGGGGUUUAGUAGCUCUUCGGCUGGCAGAUGAGGAGUUCUUGCCUUUUGAUUAUCACUCCUAUGCAUUUGAACUCCAGAAGAGUGCAGAAGAACUGGAAGAUGAGAUUUCAGAUAAGGGCGUAACCUUUUCCCACUUGUUCAAGUCUAUCGAGGAGUUAUCAGAAGCAGCCAGAAAGAUAAAUAACCAGAAAAAGGAAAUAAAAGAAGCUAAAGGUUGGACGUCAAUGUGGAGAAACGACCAUGUUAAAGUAAGAGAGCUAAAUGACAGACUAAUGAUGGCAGAACGUGCAUUUACGGACCGUGAUGGACUUCUUAGAAGGCCAUGGUACAAACACUUAAUUUAUGCACCCUCAAGGCACAAUGACUAUGGAUCUACAUCCUUCCCAGGAAUAAAUGAUGCAAUUGAAAAGGCAAAGAAUCUGAACACUGUUGAGUCAUGGGAUUUGGUGCAACAUGAAGUCUGGAGAGUUUCUAGAGCUGUCGGGCAUGCCUCCUUGGUCCUCAAAGGAGAACUAACCUGAACUGUGCAAAACAGACCUAAAACUUGAGACAGUUAUGUACGUCAGCGAAGGGCCAUAAGAGCUCUCUAGAUUCUAGUAAAAUUCACCUAGUUGACCAAGCACCCUAAUACCAAUCAUCAGUACUUAGCCUUAUUUCACGUAUUUUAUUUAUGACACAAUCCCAGAUUAAUGAUAA